AUGGGGAAGCUUUAUGAUUUGCUCACGCACCCACAUUUCCCGCCGUUCAUGAACACCAUCUCUAUCAUCAUCCAUGAUUUAUGGUUCUUCCGAAUCCACAAGAGACUCGCCCGAGUGGAGUCUGGGCUCGCGCUACUCGCACUGGAGGGCAAGUUGGAAGAACUGGAGGCGGUGGUUGAUGCCCUGGCAAACUCAUUCGAGGACCUGGUUGAUUCUAUCGAAGCACUUGAGAAUUCGCAACCUCCUGAGAAUGGUAGGCAAUGUGUCUGCGUUAUUUGCCAGCAAGAAUUCGGCAGUUCGGACAAUUUCGAGGCAAACGAAAAUGAGAAGCCCACUCAACCGGAGGAGGUAGUUGAUGGACAGAAUGGCAAAGGUGUCCAGGAACACUCGAUGAAUGCUGAUGUCACUAAGGGUGUGUGA